AUGCCAGCGUUCAUCCAAAGAUUCGGCACCGAGCUACCUAAUGGCACGAAGAUUCUGACUGCGAGCCAGAUCUCGGUCAUUACUGCAAUCAGGGUCGUUGGUAGCAUUCCUGGGACUUGGGCUUGUCAUUAUCUGGGCAACAAAUGGGGCCGCAAAAAGACUAUUUGGUUUGGCUGCGGCGUCUGCCUUGUUGGUACCGCAUUGCAGACAGGCUCAAUUCAUGUGGCUAUGAUCACAAUAGGGUUGACCACCGCCAGCUUUGGGUAUUUUACCAUGGUAUCGAUGUCAUCCACGCUCAUUAUCGAGAUCUCACCCCCAUCAGUUAGAGGCAUUGCUGGUGGGCUCGCAUCAGUUGCUAUCGGAUUGAGUGGCAUCCUCAGCUCAGGUAUUGCCUGGGGAACCUUCCAUUAUCAAAGCGAGUUUUCGUUCCGCAUGCCACUUGCUCUUCAAAAUGUCUUCCCCGUUUUCAUGGCAAUCUGUAUGCUCUAUGUUAUGGACUCACCAACAUCUUACCUCAUCAACGGCGAUGAUGUGAAUGCUGAAAAGAGUCUUCGGUUGGUUCGUCGUGGGUAUACGGAGGAGGAAAUCAUUACCGAGAUGGAGAUCUUGAAGUGGCAAAACCAACUUCGAAAACAAGUAGAGGAGGUCAGAUGGUUCGAGAUCUUUAAAGGCACCAAUCUACGCCGAACCAUGCUGGGAACAUUCCUCGGUAUCAUACAGAAUCUCUCCGGCGCAAUUUUUGCUGGCAAUUACGCAACGAUCUUUCUCUCACAAGUAGGAACAGCUAACCCUUUCGUCCUGGUGUUUGGCUUGAACAUCCUUAUCCUUGGUGGCUCAUGCCUAGGCGUUGUCCUCGUCGAUACGAUUGGCCGUCGGUCAUUGAUGCUUCUGUCAUUUCUGAUUCUCGCCAUCAUCGACCUCUGUAUUGGUUGCCUAGGAUUCGCAGAUGCGACCAAUGUCGGAGUUAUCAAAGCCAUCGCAGGUUUUAGCCUCCUCUUCGGUUUCGUGGUUUAUGCCGGUCUGGGACCAUUGACGUGGUUGGUUUCCGCAGAGCUACCAACCGCGCGUCUGCGCAACAUUUCAAAUGCUUGGAUCCUCCUCUGCAUCUCCCUAUCCAAUCUCACUGUCACCUACGUUCUUCCUUACAUUGCCAAUAAGGAUGCCGGAAACCUGGGACCAAAGACAUAUCUCAUCUUUGCGUUCUCAAUGACUGUUGGCUUUAUCGUCACAUGGUUCUGCUGGCCUGAGAGUAAAGACAGGUCCAUGGCAGAAUUGGACGAAAUGUUCAAUGCUCGUCUACCUGCAAGGAAGUUCAAGUCAUACCAGACGACAUUGACCGCGGAUAAUAUAGAUUUGGUCGAUAGAGAGAGGGAAAAGUCCGGUGCAGUCGAAGGGCUUAGUGCCGUCGAGCACAAGGACUAA